AUGUCUUCCACGCUGACGGUCCGCGAGCGGCUCACUCUUUGCAAGUGGGCCGACAGCCUGGGCGGCAUCACUCCAACUCUCACGCGUGGUGCCCAAUGGGUCAAAAGCGAGUUCGGAAAAGAUGUUCCUGAAGCCGACAUCCGGACAGUCUUAGACCGCGCGGACAUGACGGAUGACUUCCACGCCUACAACGACGGCGAGAUCGGCCCCCUGAUCCGUCCAGGCUUCGGCAAAAACUUUUACGAAAUGCCCGCUGAUGAUGCCGCGUUCCCCAGCGCCGUUCAGGAGUGGAAAGCCUCCACGCUGAUAUGGGCGGAGCUGGCCAUCAUGUGGUUUGUCGAGAAAAUCACCAACAAACCCGAUUGGCAUGUCAAGGUCUUUAACGAGGAGAUUAUCGCCAAGUGGAAGCAGGAGGUCAUGGCCGUGGACUGGGAAGCCGUUGGCCUCAAACAUGCGUAUUUCAACAACGAUUUGUUCCAAUUUUCUCUCGCUGAGCUUCGCGAGAAAGCCAAGCUGUAUGAAGCCACUGGCCUCAUCCCCAUUUUUGACGCCUCGUCCGUCGUCAUCAAGUCUGAUAACGCCAUCACUCCAGAGGUAAAAGAGGAACUCAGGAAGGGCGUGGCAGUUCUCGAAAACGUCCCCGAAAAAGAAAAGGACUGGCACCCCGGCAGCGACGGCAAGGUCUUGGACAUUGUCCACCCCUCACUCUGGCCUCUUGUCUUUGGCAAGUCUCGCAUCGUCUCUGACAAGCGUAUCUUGCUCAAGGAUACUCUGGCGGCUUGCGGCACGGGAGAAAUCAUCCCUGUCCCCAAGAAGAGAUAUACCGACCACCACUCGUCUGAAGACUUGUGGUCUGUCAAGUUUCAGUGGCUUCCAUGCGACAUUGACAUUGACGAAGGGAAGCCGAAGAUCAUGAGCUAUAUCAACAACUUGCACCCUCGGCAUCAUGCUGGCCUCUACACCACGAUUGAAAAGGUGCUGGAGAAAGCUCUCCCGAUGUGGGACCUGAUCUACAGAUGGCACGAAGACUAUGAGACUCUCCGAAUCCCUUGUGAAGAAGUCGAGACGCAAUGUCUGGCAGAAUGCACUAACAACUGCUGUCCUGAAAACCGUCCACUGGACCCAGACGAGGAUGAACGUCCAGAAAAUGUAUUCGACGACGAUUGGCAAGAUAACAGUGAGGAGCCUGACCGGGAAGUUUGGCGAAGAGACGAGAUCUGGUUCAAUGCCACCCAUCCCGCCAAACAACCACCCGUUCCCGAGUAUAAGCCCAUGGCGCUGCAGCCCAAUGACGUCAACCUGGAGUCCGGUUUCUUCAACCAUGCCGACCGCAUUCAGGUCAUUGUCAAGCUCGCCAACAUCCACCUUACGCCCGAGAAGCCGACGUACGACGGUGGGUCCUGGCACAUUGAGGGCCAGCUGAACGAGCACAUUGCCGCCACCGCGCUCUACUACUACGACAACGAAAACAUCACCGACAGCCACCUCGCGUUCCGCACAGUCGCCGACAAGGAGGAUCUCAUGGGGGAGCUCAGCUACCAGCAAGGGGACCACCACAGCAUCGACCGGACCUUUGGGAUCGACUCCCGCGGCGACACGAACCUGCGCCUCGGCAGCGUGCUCACCCGCGAGGACAGGCUUCUCGCGUUCCCCAACGUCUACCAGCACCGCGUGGCGCCGUUCGAGCUCGUCGACAAGACGAGGGCGGGCCACCGCAAGAUCCUCGCGCUGUUCCUCGUGGACCCAAGGAUCCCCAUCAUUGGCACGGCCAACGUACCGCCACAGCAAAAGGGGUGGUGGAAGGAGGGGGCGACGGAGGGGGCUCGGCUGGGUUCGCUGCCGCCCGAGAUCACGGAUAUGGUGUUUGAUAACACGGAUUUCCCGAUUGGGAUCGAGGAGGCAAAGGAGCUACGGGCCGAGCUGAUGAAGGAGAGGACGACGAUUGCCGAGUAUGGUAUGGAGACGAUUACGAAUGGCGAUUGGAACUUUUGCGAGCAUUGA